AUGGUGAUUGUGACCCGGUUGGAACCGCCAAUACCUCAGACGGCGCUGGCGCUCACGAUCCGGCUUAACCACGACUUGGUUGACGAGUUCAACCGGUGUGUGGCCCAGGGUGGAAAGCCCAAACUUGUGGUCAAGGACGGCUACAUGCUGAUACGGGUCGGCGACGCGGAGUACCCGUGUAUCAAGAUCCCCGAAACCCUCAACGUCGAGGUGUAUCUGAACCUGGGUUCGAGUCAGGGUUGCUAUGAUGGUCGCGUCUCCACAAAGCUCUCGGUAAUCACCGACCCUCGGAAAAUCAGAGAAUAUCGGAAAGACUUAGAGCGGCGCAAAUUGGAGGCAAACUCAGUGUCUCCCACCAAGCCCGCUCGACCGGCGCUGGCGCAACUACUGCCUUCGAGCAAACAAAAACAAGCACGUCGUGCUAAUCCAUUUUUAGUGUCACCAGGCGACUCAAAUGCAGCUAUAGCUUUGAAAUUUGUUCAAUUUAUAGCUCUCGGCCCUGCUAGCGAUAACGACAUCGCCACUAAUCUUGGCUCUGCGGUGCUGGCUUCGAAAAUCGCACAAUUAAAGCAGGACUAUUGUCAAAAGUACGAUCGAAAUAAUCUGUUCUACCACAAUGAUCGCUUCCCCACGCUUGAGCGACGCCUGCGCAAAAAUAAGCUGGGGACGCCUGCUUCUGCUGGUGAUUCGGAUGGGGAUUUGGACGACAUUGACCACAUUGAUUCUAUGGACGAUGAGUCUCCUCUUCCCGAUCUUGUAGGUGACCACUAUUUGUUGAAGGAUAAAUCUUACAAGGAGUUACAACCGUGGGAUUGGCUGAGAUACACUCCAUUUGAACGAAAGCUUGUGGUUCACAACAUCCAUCGAGCCCUUACCCGAUUAGGGUUUUCGGAAGCCCAUCCAUUGCGUCGCAAGAUAUGUGACCCCCAGGCGUCGCUGGCGGUGGGGUCACCAAGCCUGGCUAUGGCUUCCGAUGACGAAAAUCGUCGCUCCCAAUUAGGCGGCGGAAUAUUGCAUAUGAAAAAGACUACGAAAAAGGCGGCAACGGUAUCACCCAAGGUACUGGGAAAGGCCGCAUUGUCGUCGACAAAACCACCUACGGCCUCUGCUCUGAGACCGCUGACUUCGCAAACGUUAGCGAAGCGCAAGUUUUCCCUGUCCCUGCUGUCACUGUCCGACGAUGAUAAGCAGACCAAGAAGCUCAAAAUGGAACUGGACACGCUGCCUCUGUCAGAAGAAGAUGACACACCUCUUCUGCGUCGUGCGGCUACGGCUAGUCCCGCUGCAGGUGACGCGAAGGCUAAACGUAUGGAUUACUACAAUCAACUUGCCCUCAAAUUCCGCGAUAAGUACAAGGAGUACGCUUUAUUGUACAAUCGACUCAAAAAUCCUGCGUCGAUGUCGAAGGCUGAGCUGAAACGGCAGCUUCUCAAGCUUUUUGAGUUGCAUACUCAAUUGAGCGGAUGGAAGAAGAAGUUAUGGGAGUACGAUCGAGACAUUAAGAACAAACUGGAAAUUAUGGGAUUGUCAAAGCACAAGAAGACGUCAGGCACUAGUGCUAAUUCGACGAGUCGACUGUCAGCUUCAACGCCGGCGCCAUCUUCUCGUGCUCGCUUCCCUCUCAACUAUUAA